AUGGAUCGGCUUCCCGAACCCCUGGUCAAUCACGUCAUGCUCGAGCGCUCGGCGGCCAGGAUCACCAAAGCCCUGUACAGCGACUCCGGUAGUAGGACCUUCUACGACGACAAGUCUAUCCUGAUCAACUAUGAGACAACAAAUCUGAAUGAUCUGGAGGCUCGUUUGCGGCAGUUGAACUUCACCGACCUUGACCUACUGUACCUCCGUGCGGUGCGUCUUAACCUUCAGCUCUAUGCCUUUUUCAACAAGCAAGAGCAUGGCUGGCAUCAAGACCUGCUGCAUCUUCUCCUUGCUGCUAACCAAUUCCUCGAGUCCAUUUUCUACGUCGAGGAGCAAGCUCAACUGGUCUAUGCCACCAAUUAUAUUUCGCAGAUGAUGGUCGCCGCUGGUUUCACUCUCCACCGCCUGCUCAACUCUAAUUUUGCCAAUACCAUACCUCCGCAGCAGCUCACCACCUCGCGCGCCAACUUCACUCGUCUCAUCACCUGCAUCCGGAAGACGUCUGUCCGCAACAACGAUCUGCCCCAGCGCCUAGCAGAAGUACUGGCCCAGCUUUGGAAAGCAGGUGGUUCGGGAAGUCCGAAGCUAUCCGAUGUCGAAAACUAUCGCCUGCAGCAAGGUCCCACCGUCGAUGUCUCCAUCCACCUGAAGGUCAGGUGUAGGAUGAGUAUGAGUGUUGUUUUCGACUCGAUAUGGCACUGGAGAGAGCACUUCCGCGGCAAGGGCCAGAUGGGCAACCUCGAUACCGCUGUGAACAACCCUACAGAUCCCGAGACGAGCAACUCGACAACGCCGGCCCCAUCCCAACGGCUUGGACAAUCGGGACAAGCACACGACACAGCAAGCACCAGCACUUCCGUUUCAUUGGACCCGAACCUACCCACGCUGAGCUUGCCGACGAUGAACAACAGUCUGAGCAUGGGCAAUGCUCCCGAAUUUGGCCCUGUCGGCAGCAGCACUUUCGCCGAUUACACGACCGACUUCUUCGACCCAAUGAGCAGCAUACUCAAUGACCCUGUCUUCUUCAGCAAUACGGCUUUUACGUUCUAG